AUGCUUCUUAUAGAUCGAUUGCAAUCCGGUGAUGUUAAUCAUGAUACUUGGUCAGAUAUCAGUAUUGAUGGUACUGAUGGAAGUAUUCUAUUUUUAUUAUUCAAUGCUUAUGAUGAAACUUUUACAGCACUAGUUCGAAUUCUACUGUUUCAAACCGUUAUUCAACGCAGAAAUAUGUCGUUGAUUUACAUUGCUCAACAAAUUACAAUUUAUGGUGGUUGCUGUAUUCUUAUCGCUGGUGUCUUUGGAAAUGCUAUAGAUAUCUACAUAUUUUCAGUUGUUCCUUCUUAUCGCAGAAAUCCGGCGAUAUUUUAUUUUCGUAUUGCUUCUAUUACUAAUAUUAUUUUCCUUAUGAUUCAUCUCUCUAUCCGUAUUGCUUUAGGUUUUGGCAUUGAUGUAACACGAAUAUCGACAAGCUGGUGUAAGUCAAGAACUUAUUUACUGUAUAGUCUCGCUAUGAUUGUUUUAUCAUGUAUUUGUAUGGCGAUGAUUGAUCAAUUUCUAGUCACAUCGCGUCACGUAAAACUACGGAAUUUAAGCAAUAUUCGAUGGGCACACCGUUUGGUUAUCAUUAUAAUAAUUAUAGGGUUUCUUCAUGCAAUCCCUGCAGCCCUGUUUUAUGAUAUUUUGCCAACGACAGGAAUGUGUGAAAUCACGAAUAGCAACUAUGCGACGUACAGAUCGGCAUUUCUUCUUGGUACACUGACCCUUAUUCCAAUUAUAGUGACACUUUUAUUUGGAUAUUUGACGUAUCGAAAUAUUCAUUCGGUCCGAGCUCUUGCCGAACAACAUGCUGAUCAACAUAUAGUACGAAUGACAUUAUUUCAAGUUGUCCUGGUUAAUGUUUGUUUAAUUCCAUAUGGAAUUAUUGUUACGUAUAGCUAUAUCACAAAAAAUCAAAUGAAAGAUGCAAGUCGACUUAUACAUGAGUCUUUCAUCGUUUCGUUACUUACUUUGUGGGAUUAUGGUUAUUAUUCGGUAACUUGUUAUGUAUUUUUCAUUUCAUCGCCAAAAUUUCGUCGAGCAAUCCGAGAUCGAAUAUUAUUUUGUCGAUCGAGAAAUCAAAUCGGUAAUUUUGGGGCUGCCUAA